AAAGGGUAUUAUGAAAGCAUCAUAAAACAUCAAAUUGAAAAAAGAUCAACAUUAAAUGACGUGCUAACAUUUUAAUCAAAAAAUAAAUAAAAAAAAUUCUCUUUGUGAAUGAGCUUUCCUUUUAAUUUAACAAAACAGCGUAUGGAAGAGCUUGUGUAUGCUUGGGAUAGUAUCCGAAAAUCUCUAAGUAUUCAAGAAGAUUCAAUGAAUGCCACUCAAUUCCUUUAUUUACUUAAAUCAUUAGGAAUAACGUUAACGAAACAAGAAAUCUUUAUUCUUCAACAGGAAUUCGCUAGUCGUGGAAAUUUUUUAUUAGAAGAUUUACUUCAUAUAGGAUCGAUUAGUUGGACGGAAGAAUACAUAGAAGAAGCUCUUCUUAGUAGUCUUCAAAUUUUAUGUCAAAAAGAAUCUGAAACGAUAUCAUUAUAUGAUUUACGUAAUAUUUUAUAUAAACUUGGUGUCGGUAUUCGUUUAACUUAUGAGGAAAUCGAUUCAUUUUUAAAUCAAUUUCCAGUAACUUCUGACUCUUGUAUUUCUAUUGAUUCUUUUGUUUGUCGAAUUUUACAAGAUUAAAUUUUUGUAAAUUUAUUAGCAAAACAAUAAAAAAAUUUAAAUAAUAAUCUUUAAAUUUUUACCCUUUAGAAUUUUUUUUAAUUAUGUCUGGUAGCUUUUUUUUUAAUAUUCCUUAAAACUAAAAGUUAUGGGUUCACGUUUUUGCCCAAAUCAAACGUGUGUUGUUCCAACUCACAAAAUUUUUCAUAACAGCUUACUGAAACGUGUCUUUUUA